AUGAGACUUUCCUCUGCAACCAUAACUCUGGCGCUCACCGCCUGUGCAAAUGCCCAGGACUUGGUUGCAGCUUUACAGGCGGACCCUGAUUUGAGUGCCGUCUUGAGCGCCAUCUCUGCUGUCCCUGGUCUUGCGGACCAGCUCGAUGCCGCUGAAGGCAUCACGAUCUUUGCUCCAGUCAACGCCGCGUUUGAGGCUGUCGACCCGGCUAGUCAAGCUGGGCAGGCAAUCAGUAACAGCGACAUCGAUGGCAUCGCCUCGGUACUGUCCUACCACGUGUUGCCAAAGACUAUCCCUAGCUCUGCGAUCACAGCUACGCCUCAGUUUGUGCCGACUCUUCUCACCCCUGAAAACGUGAUCGGGGGUGCUGCGGCAACACUUGUAACCCCUGCGCAGAACCUAGGUGCCCAGCUCAACGGAUCCAGUGUAAUCCUCCGCUCUGGAAAUCUCGCAACUUCAACUGUUACUCAAGCUGACAUUGUCGUUGGAGGGGCAACAAUUCACAAGAUUGACUCGGUCCUCACCCUUCCCACCAACGCCUCCACCACAGCUAUUGCUGCAGGGCUCACCAGCAUCGCAGACGCUCUGACCAGCGCCGGGGAAGUCGAAUUCUUCGACAGCGAGCCGGACGUCACUAUCUUCAUUCCUUCUAAUGCCGCAUUCGCGGCCAUUGCCGACACGGUGGCCGAUCUAACCACGGAGCAGCUGCAGGAAGUGCUUCUAAAGCAUAUUGUCUUAGGAUCGGUUGUAUACUCUCCCAGUAUCCCCGCUGGUGAUACUGUUGUCGAGAGUGCUCUUGGCGAGCACAAUACUUGGACAAAUACCGAUGGUGUUAUCACUAUCAACGACGCAACUGUGAUCGCUGCCGAUAUUCUGCUGUCAAAUGGCGUCGGGCACUUGAUCGACAGCGUGCUUAUUCCAGAUGCCUUUAGUUCCGCCGGGGGCGGCUGCGACUAA